CUGAAAACUGAAAGGUUGCCGAGGGCCACUUUGAUUUAUUUUAAUUGAUUUUUUUUUUUAUUUAAAAAGGCUAAGACAAAUGUCAGAUGCUCUGUUGUGUUACUAUUACUUAUUAGUAUUAUUAAUAAUAUUUUAUUUCUACAUUGCGCUGUGGGCCAAUUAAAAAAAAAAAAAAUCACCCCCGAUCCAAGCAGGUCUCUUGUGGCCAAAUUUAAUGGAAAAAAAAGUCAUAAUAUUACUUGAAUAAAGUCGUACAAUGACGAGUAAAAUCGUAAAUAUAUGAGAAAAAAAGUGUAAUAUUACAAGAAUUAAUUCGUAAAUGUAUGAGAAAAAAGUUGUAAAUUUAUGAGAAUAAAGUCGUAAAUUUACGACAAUAUGGUUGUAAAUUUAGGAGAAUAAAAUCAUACAUUUACAAUAAAAAAAGUCAAAUUUAUAGGAAAAAAAGUUUCAAAUUUAGGGAAAAAAGUGGUAAAUUUACAUUUUUUUUUUUUUUUUGCAUUUUUUACAUUUAAUUUAAAUUGUAAAUUUAGAGAAUAAAAUUGUCCGGUUACAAGAAAAAUGUUUCAAAUUUAAAGUUGUAAAUUGACGCAAAAAAAAGCAAACUUUUUUUGUUCUACGGCUAGCAAAAUUAUUAAUAUAAAAUUAAUUAAUAUGAAAAAUAAUGUUCUUAAAAUCUCAGAUUGAUUUCCCCUUCAUUGUGGCCCUAACACACCGUCGUAGAAUUCCACACGUACAAAAACCAAAACAACAAGUAGGCCUGUCAGUCACCAUAACUCAUUUUAAUGAACAAACAUUGUCUGACAAAUUGUGGAUUAUGGAUAUUGUUGUUUAUUCAUCAAUUGUACGGCAUAAUCACGUGAGUAACAUCAUAUCAAAAGCAAUCACUUUAAUUUCUCAAUAGUACUUAACAUUGUCAUUGGAAUGUCAAUCGUAUUCAUUCAUCAAAAAUCCAGGAAUAAAAAAAAAAUAAAAAAUUGACAUAUAGUAAAAUGUCAUAUUCCUCCUGUUUGGUGAAAAACUGUAAAGGACAUAACUUCAUUUUGGAACCUGAAUGCCUCUUUUCUCUCCCUCUGCCCCAUUGUCCGCAUCACAGCCAAAUGCGAGCUUUUAUUCACACGGUCCGACCUUCACCUUUGACCUUUGAGCGCCAUCAGUGGCUCAUUACGAAGCCGCCCACGCAGCGUGGGGCUCGUCCUUAUCUGGAAAUCCUCCCACCCGAAACAAGCGUCAAAUUGAUGCACGCCUGACAUUUUGGACUGACUCAUUUCUUAAUUGUGACUAACACCCGUAAAAGCGCCGGUAUGAUUUGCCGUAUUGAUGCCUGUCAGCUCGCGUAAUGGCGGAGGAGAGGCUGACCCGGGAUCUGUUCGAGUUGAGACGAUUAGGGCGCAUUAGGCACACGGAACGCCGACAUAUUCAGCCGAUUACAGCCAGGGAGAACGAUCUAAUUAGGCAGGAUUAUGUCAUAUAUAUACUCCGCAGAUGUGGAAUUGGAUCCAUUUUGGACGCUAUUUAUUUCCUUAAACACUGUAGAUGCCACAUACAGCGGUGCCUUGGUUAAAGUCAUAGUAAAUCCGACUCAAACCAAAAUGGACUUUAACCAAAACAACUUUUCCCAUAGAAAAUAAUUUAAAUCCAGUUCAUCCGUUCCAGACAUCCCAAAAUGUAAAUGCUCUGGAACCAAUUAACAGUUUGCCAUUUAAUUUGGAAAAUAUGCCCCGCCCCCAAAAAAAUCAUGUGCAAGUAUCGCGAGAUUUCAUUCUGUGUGCGUAACAUAAAGUUACGAGUUUUUUGUCGUAAAUGUAGGACUUACUUAAUUUUUAACAGGCAUUGCCUGAGACAGCAUGGGAAAAGGGGCGACUUAGGUGACCUUUGACCUUGGGCAAAGCUAAUAUUAUGACGUUUUUUUUUUGUAAAUUCCGGACCUAAAACUCUUUUAUUAUUAUUUUUUUUUUUAUGUGUCCUAAAACAUCAUUGUACAGGAGUACACAAAAACACUAACAUCCACUCCGCCUCUGGUUAAAAGACAGCUGGGAUAGGCUCCAGCAUACCGGCAACCCGAGGAUAAGCGGAUUUUAAAGCAGAUUCAUUGAUUUUAUUUUAUUUGCACUUUCUUAUAAUUAAUAUUUUCUAUGUCAUUUAAUGUAACUACAAUAUUCCGAUGUUUUAAUGCAAUAUUUCUGCAUAUGCCAAUAGAUGACUGCUUUAUAUUUGCGCACAAAUUAAUUGUUAAGUAAAAGGCGAUGUGGUGUUUUUGGAAGACGUAUUUCCCCGUCACAUCCACAUCCACAGAUGGAUAUAGGCCACCUGUUCGGAGCGCGUCUCUGCCUCCAUCCAAUGGGAGCGGACGGCACCGCGGGGGCGGGGUGAGAGGGGGAGAGAAGUUGGAGGAGAGAGUGAGAGACGGGAGACGCGCAUCCACGUCCGAGCGGAGCUGCGAUCGAGUGCAAGCGCCACAUAUUCAAUCUCGGUGCGCACAUUGACGUGCAGCGGCGCACAUUAUCGGGGCGCCUUGUCUUUUUUUUUUUUUUCAUCCCCGGCGGAGUGAGAGGGGGGGAGGGGGGGAGAACGCGCGGCCAGCUACAGGUUGACGGAUCCCGCACCGCACCGCACCUCGCCAUGGCUCCUCAUCCGCCGCGGAGCGUGUCCGGCGGCGGCGGCGUCGUCACCGUGGGCUCCGUGGACCGCUCGCCCGGGAUGGGGAAGGACGCAGAGUGAGCGCGUCGAGCGAGGAGGAGGAGGAAGGAGGAGGCGGUGUUGGGAGCGUCGGACGCCGUGCGCAAAGCUCGAGAGGCGGCUUGGCGAGGAGGACCUGUGGAGGAAGCCUCAUGAACGGGGGCGAGAGGGGGGAGAGAGAGAAAGAGAGAGAGAGAGGAAGAGAGGAAGAGGACGGCAUGGCUGUGACAACAUGAAAAAAAAAAAAGUCUUCAUCCUGGUGCCAAGUGAUCCAACGCGUUAGAUCCGGGGGGGACCGGGAGACUAGAGGUAGGUGGGCAGCAUCCGUACACGAGAGGUGUCUGGUUAUGUCAUCCAAAAGUAGCUUCCUGCUUUCAUCCCGGCUCCCAGCUGCCUAAACGGGAAUGACAUUUCAUGACAAAUGUCUUCCUGGUCCACGACCGUCAUGUGAUCUCUUUAAUGAAUUCUUUGGUCUCCAGACAGGUACGUCCGUGGCCACAUCUGUGACCAUGGAGCCGCCCCCCUCUCUGAGCCUGGCUCUCCUCGGAGGGAGCGAGGACGAAGACCAGCGUUUCCUCCUCCCGCUGGCCGGCAUUCCCGUCCCCGUGGCCCCGGGCGCCCAGCCUGGGUCCAAUCACUCCAACCACAUGACGGCGUCCGGCCUGAGCCGCCUCAACGGCAGCAAUCCGUCGCCGUCUCCCGCCGCCACGCCCACCUUGCCUCCGGCUUCCAUCCCCAAGCUGGCCUCGGCGGGUCCACCGCCCAUUCCCAACGCCCUGCACCCGACCAGCACCCCGUUGUCGUCGUGCUUGGGCUCGCAGCACAGCCUCAGCGGGGACAACUCGCCCAUCUACAACGCCCUCUUUUACUCCUCCCACUCGCCCUCCAUGGAGCGGGACCGGGAGCGGGACAGAGAGCGGGCGUGCAAGCACCGACAGGCCAGCCCCCUUGUGCACCGCCGGGACAGCAACCCGUUCACGGAGAUCGCCAUGAGUUCCUGUAAGUACACGGGAGGGGUCAUGAAACCGCUGAGUCGCCUCAGCGCUUCCCGAAGGAACCUAAUCGAAUCGGACAGCAGCAGCGAGACCAAAGAGGGCGGCGUUUCCGCUGUUGCCGGAGCGACGGCGAGCGGGGGUCACGACCGGCAGCGAGAAGCCCCGCCUACCUCCUUGGUGACCCAGUCCUCCACGAACCAAGCGCCUCUCCAGAGCCCCCCAGAGAUCGUCAUUUCAUCCAAAGAAGACUCGCCGUACCCCAGGGCAGGAUAUGACAUCAGCGACACCGCGUCCAACCAGAUGUCCAUCUACCACCAGAACCACGCGCUGGUGGAGAGCAGACGGGCGCAGCCGGGGAGGGGUGGCGGCAGCGGCGGCGGCCAGGCGGGGGCCGGGACGGUGGGCACUGGGGCUCGGGCGAGCACUUCCAAGGCUCCCAAACGGAAGAACCAAAACAUUGGCUACAAACUGGGGCAUCGGAGGGCGCUGUUUGAGAAGAGGAAGCGGUUGAGCGACUACGCCCUCAUAUUCGGGAUGUUUGGCAUCGUCGUCAUGGUGAUCGAGACGGAGCUGUCAUGGGGGGUGUACACCAAGAGCUCCAUGUACUCUCUGGCCCUGAAGUGUCUGAUCAGCCUGUCCACGGUCAUCCUGCUGGGCCUCAUCAUCGCCUACCACGCACGGGAGGUGCAGCUGUUUGUCAUCGACAACGGCGCCGACGACUGGCGCAUCGCCAUGACGAUGGAGAGGGUCCUGCUCAUCGCUCUGGAGCUCCUGGUGUCCGCCGUGCACCCGGUGCCCGGCGACUUCAAGUUCCAGUGGCGGGCGCGGCUGGCCUUCUCGUACGCGCCGUCGCAGGCCGAGGCGGACUUGGACAUGGUGCUGAGCGUGCCCAUGUUCCUGCGCCUCUACCUCAUCGCCAGAGUCAUGCUCCUGCACAGCAAGCUCUUCACCGACGCCUCAUCCAGGAGUAUAGGAGCACUCAAUAAGGUGCAUUUUAACACACGCUUUGUAAUGAAAACCCUCAUGACGAUCUGCCCCGGGACGGUGCUGCUGGUCUUCAGCAUCUCUCUGUGGAUCAUCGCCGCCUGGACCGUGCGAGUGUGUGAGAGGUAUCACGAUGCUCAGGACGUGACCAGCAACUUCCUGGGAGCCAUGUGGCUGAUCUCCAUCACUUUCCUGUCCAUCGGCUACGGAGACAUGGUCCCUCAUACCUACUGUGGCAAAGGAGUGUGCUUGCUAACCGGAAUCAUGGGUGCCGGCUGCACCGCUCUGGUGGUUGCCGUGGUAGCCAGGAAGCUGGAGCUGACCAAGGCCGAGAAGCACGUACACAACUUCAUGAUGGACACGCAGCUCACCAAGAGGAUAAAGAACGCGGCGGCCAACGUGCUGAGGGAGACCUGGCUCAUCUACAAGCAUACCAAGCUGAUGAAGAAGAUCGACCACUCCAGAGUCCGCAAACACCAGCGGAAGUUCCUGCAGGCUAUCCACCAAUUACGCAGCGUGAAGAUGGAACAGAGGAAACUCAGCGAUCAAGCUAACACGCUAGUGGACCUGUCAAAGAUGCAGAGCGUCAUGUACGAGCUCAUGUCGGAGCUCAACGACCGCAGCGAGGACCUGGAGCGCCAGAUGUUGUCGCUGGAGCAGCGAGUGGAGCAGCUCACCGCCGGCUUCAACGCCCUCCCCGCGCACCUCUCGGCCACCCUCAGCGCCCAGCACGCCGCCCUGGUGCACCUCCUCCGGGAGCGGGACGGAGGAGGCGCGGGAGCGGUGGUGCCGCUUUCCCCGGCGGCGUCACAGGCUUCGGCUUCGACUGCGGCGACGCCGGUACCGAGUCCCGCCCAGGUGCCUCCACCGGCUCCUCUGGAGGCCCCCUUGUCCGUCCCGGACGGGAACACGGAGGCGGGCUCUAACGGCACCGCGUCCUCUACCUGCUGAGGAGAGUCAGGAGUCCACAAACAGGGAGAAACGGACACGAGGGGGGGUUCCUCUCACUGGGAACUCAACGAGAGAGAUGAUCCACUCCAAUUGAUGAAGCUGGGACAACGUGGAGGGAAAAAUGGGAGCAAAAGGGAAGGCCGGCGUGAGUGAUGACACGUUUGGGAGGAGCGCGUUGCCUCCAGGAGUGAUCGCGGCAAGAAAAAUUGAGGAAAAACGGCGACUCUAAAAGGCGCGGGGGCAGGGAAGGACGUCAAGAGGGUGAGAAAUGGCGGUUCCGAGUAUGACGGGAGGAAGAGGACGACUAAUUAUAUGAAGACUGAGUGAAAAAAAGAAAAGCCUUUAUCUCUCUCUCUCUCUCUCGCUCUCCCCUUUCAUCAGGAAUUAACGACCAUGACUUUUUAUCCUUAUGAUGUAUUUUCUAUCCCAAUGCUAAUUGUAUGAUAACGAGCAUCCCUUUAACAGGAGGUUAAAUCAAUAUGACCGGGAUUUAUUGAACAAAAAAAAAAAUAGUGGCAUGCACUACACACACACACACACACACACACACACACACAAAUGCCCUUAAUAUAACACUAGAGCCUAUACUGCCGAUAGUCGAUGCACUGCCAAUCAAUAUCAAAACAUCAGAUUCCCCAUAUGUGAUGAUGCACUGAAACGCACCAUGACGGGAAACACCCGAUCCCAAUGUCAUCGCGGUCCAUAUUUGUUGUCCUAUGAAAGACCUCGGAGGGGGAUUACAACUGCAGAAAAGCCAAAGAGAACUUAAUCUUAAUCUUCUGCCCAAAUGACAGAUAUCAUUUCACGCGUCAAAGAAAUCACCCGACGUCUCUUCUCGGCAACUGCGGCGCAAUUUCAGAUAUUUCCAUAUUUAUUUUUACAUGUCCGCCCACCAAUAAUAACAACGCUAGAAUAUCAAACAAGCCAUCUUCUGUCCAGUUAAGGAGCACGGUUGCAUGAUCUUCCGCAAAGAUGGUCGACAGUGCAAAUAAUCAAAUGUCAGCAAGGUUAAAUGUCCAAAAUAAGGCCCAAAAAUACUUGUUUCUCACCAAUGAGAUGCGGUCCAACCUCGGUUUUUGGAACCUUUGCGAUCCAAAAACCUAUGAAGAAAUUAAUCCAGACACCCAUUAACAUCGUGGUUCAAGUUCCACGGCUAAUUAAUAAAUCAUGCUAUUUUGUGCUUGAAUAAGUCGGAAAAUAUUCAAAAAAUUCAAAAAAUCAUACUUCAGUUUUGUCAAAAUUAAGCAUUAUUUUUUACCAUAAAAUGGCUACAUAAAUGAAAAUAUAAACAUAAAACAUUAAUUCGGAUGUGUGGUAUCCUCUACUGGUCACUCGGUGUCAGUAAUGUCGAGUGAGACACACAAGCACCAGACUAGAUGACCAGAACAACAGGCAUUAAGUGCUUUACGCACGCUAUAAACCUUGCAAUUACGUGUGCUCAUUCCCAAGCAGAAGCUGUAGCAAGUCUACGUUUGAUCAAAGUUACUUAAGAUUUGUCAGAUCAAAACAGCAAAUGACUUCUAUUUCUGGCGUCGAUUUCCGAUAUUUGCUACUUCCUGUUUCGGCACUCUAAGCAUCAUGGGAACCGGACGGAGUAGUCAAAGUAGUCUGGGCUUCCCUGCUUCGGCUGCCGCCCCCGCCACCCCCACCGCCCCCGCCGCCCCACCUCGGAUAAGCGAUGGUUUGCUUGUCUUAAUACGACUUCAAUAAGCAAAAUAAUCUGCCAACAUAAAAGUCAAUCCAUUUUGAAAAGCACAGGAGACAUAAAGGUGUCAGUCAUGAAUUAUGAAUGGUCCAAUCGGAAGCGUCGGCAGUCGGAGCGCUCGGAGCGCUCGGCCUGACGUGAUGAAUAAUGAAUAACGAAUACUUGGUUUGCUUUUCAUUCUGCCAUCCUGUGUUCUUUUGGGUUGUCAUCAGUAAUUUUAUUGACAUUUUUGGGCUUAACGCUGAUUGAACUGUCAAAGUGAUUCAUGUUCUCUUGUUUAACAGCGGCAACCGAAGUCAACGCAGCCCUGCUCAAAUUGAUUUUUAGGACUAAAAAAAAUUUUUUUUCAUGAAAUAAAACCUGCAAAAUUUAAUUCAAAAUGAAUUAGUCUGGUAGGUUGGUCUUAACCUGGAUUUAGGUCUGGGCUCUGAAGACCUGACUGAAAACAGGAAGGUGGUGGUGGGCGAUGUUACAACUAUCAAAUAUUACAACUUUUCGCAUACAUUUCCAAAAUUGUUUCUCACAAAUGUCCGACUUUAUCCGUUGUAAAUUUCUGACUUUUUCUUUUUCAUUUCCGACUUUUUUUUUCCUCAUAAUUUUUAGAUUAUAUUUUUUGUAAAGUUAAAAAAAAGUUUCCACCUUUUUUAUCAUAAAUCUCCGACUUUGUUGUAAAUUUCUGACUUUUUCGCCUAAAUUUCCAACUUUUUUUACUCAUAAAUAUCUGAGUAUUUUUCUUAUAAAAUGAAAAAGUUUCUCAUAAAUUUCCAACUUUUUCAAGAAAUUUCCACCUUUUUAUAUUUCUGACUUUUUUUCUCAAAGAUUUCCAACUUUUUUUUCAUAAAUUUCUGACUUUUUUUUCCUCAAAGAUUUCCUUUUUCUCUCAGAAAGUUCAGAUUAUUUUUCUUGUAGGCUUUAAAAAUGUUUCUCAUAAAUUUCCAACCUUUUUCAAGAAAUUUUCACCUUUUUAUGUUGUAAAUUUCUGACUUUUUUCCUCAAAGAUUUCCAACUUUUUUUUCAUAAAUUUCUGACUUUUUUCCUCAAAGAUUUCCUUUUUUUUCUCAGAAAGUUCAGAUUAUUUUUCUUGUAGGCUUUAAAAAUGUUUCUCCUAAAUUUCCAACCUUUUUCAAGAAAUUUCCGUCUUUUUAUGUUGUAAAUUUCUGACUUUUUUUCUCAAAGAUUUCCAACUUUUUUUUCAUAAAUUUCUGACUUUUUUCCUCAAAGAUUUCCUUUUUUUCCUCAGAAAGUUCAGAUUAUUUUUCUUGUAGGCUCUAAAAAUGUUUCUCAUGAAUUUCCAACCUUUUUAUGUUGUACAUUUCUGACUUUUUCUCAUAGAUUUCCAACUUUUUUCUCAUAAAUUUCUAAUUUUUUUUUCCUCAAAGAUUUCAUUUUUUCUCAGAAAUUUCCAAUUAUUUUUCUCAUAAGCUUUAAAACUGUGUCUCAUAAAUUUCCAACAUUUUUAUUGUAAAUUUCCAAAAAAAAAUCUGAAAUUUCCUUUUUUUCUAAAACAAUUUCCCAUUUUUGUGUAAUAAAUGCCCCAUUUUUUUUGUAAAUUCCCCCAAAUGUUCUCUUAAAUGUACAACUUUUUUGUCUCAUAACUUUAUUAUUCCUUAACUCUCAUCCAUUCCCGGCUUUACUGUGGAAGCCUCGUCUUUCCUCCAAUGUGGCCCCAAUAGCCAUAAUAAUGUGGUGAUGCUUUUGGGUUUUAUCUGAAUGGUAAAAGCUGCUAUUUGAUCCCCUCUACCCAUCUUGGGAGCCUCCAUUUUUUGUCAUCUGUCAACUGUUAUCACGAAUGUAUUCCCUGUAAACACUCGGCUUGGUUAAAACGUUAAAACAAACAACACACUGACACACCGACACUCUGACAGACACACACCUCAACAACCAAAGUGCUCUCUCUUAAAAGGACUCCAAUAAAGAGGCCAGCAGUGCGGAUAGUUUGACAAUAUUUCCAAGGGAAUAACUGUGAAAAUGUGGACUUGUGAAAAGUGCUGAAUGUGAGGACUGCUUCUUUGCCACUGUAAAGUAAAAAAAAAAAAAAACACAGCUCAAGGUGGACUCUGACGAACACAAAUAAACCUUAUAAAGGAUACAUGGCCAUGAAGGAAGUUCUCUGGAAACAAUUCAUAACAGAAAGAUAUUUGAGAAGCUUUCCAAGGAAGAGGAGGCAGCCUGUCGUCGGUGGCGUGACGGAGACAACAUGGAGGGGAGUGUGUAACAGCGACACGCUGUGGCCGCAGUCCGUAAUUACACAGGCUCUGACUAGAACUGUACAGUGAUGCUGUUAGCUUUGUAUUGCUUAGUCUUUUCUACCAUUAGCUGAUAUCUAAUACUACGAUAGUAUUCUUCUCAUUCGUCAUGACAAUUAUAAUUCUAUCUAUGUUAACCAUGCCAUGAAGGAAAGUUUGGGCUUGAAAUUAUUUUGUAAUUUUAUUUUAUCAGAGAGAAUUAAUAAAGUAUAUAUCUAUAACAUUA